AUGGGCGCUGGUCAACUGUCGAAGCCCGUUCGUGAAUCGAUUUUCAUCCAAGUGAGGUCUCGGUCCAGUGAGUUCUGCUGUGACGUCAGUUUCCUCGUGAUGAACAAGGUUACUGCUAAUCUUCCCGCACAAGACGUGUCUAGAAUAGGUUGGAGGAUUCCAAAGGAAAUCACGCUUGUCGAUCCCGAGUUCCAUCGAAGUCAACCGAUAGAUUUAGUGCUAGGUGCCAAGCACUUUCAUGCCUUUUUCCCCACUGCUGUUCGACUACAGAUCGACGACCGAUUACCGUUGCUGGUGGAGAGUGUAUUUGGGUGGGUUGUUGCUGGAUCCGCUUCCUGCAUUAGGUCUGGUGGUGUUUCAGAUGGUGAUGAAGAGCUACAAUCGACGGUAGUUUCAAUGGUUUCCCUCGAGCAGAUCAUCGAAAGGUUCUGGAUGACUGAGAGUUCAUCUACCAACGACACUUACUCGGUAGAAGAAAGGUUCUGUGAAACGCUCUUCCAGUCCACUACAACCCGUAACGAUGAAGGACGCUAUGUGGUACGAUUACCCCGAAAACCCAAUUUCAACAUUAUGCUGAAUGACUCGAAAGCAAGCGCUCUCAAACGCUAUCAACUACUUGAACGACGACUGGAUAGGAACCCAGAACUGAAGGAAGAAUACGACAAAUUCAUGCGGGAAUAUCUCUCCCUUGGUCACAUGAAACUGGUCAACGCGGAAGACGAUCAAGCUCCCGUGUCAUAUUACCUGCCUCACCAUGCCGUGAUUAAGGACACAAGCACGACCACCAAGUUCAGAGUCGUUUUCGACGGCUCUUCCAAGGCUUCGUCCGGCUUCUCCCUCAACGAAGCUCUUUGCGUUGGACUGCAAAGAAUCCAUUAG